CACCAUCCAUGCUGCCUUCAGCUGCUGCAUCUCAAAGUCUAUCGAGUCCCUGUCAUCCCAACCUGCAGCAGUUUGCUUUUUACAAGGAUGUCGAGUCUAGAUGGUUUCUCUUUGUUCGAUCUUGCCAAUGGGAAACACCCCCCCGUGAGAUGCGUGGGGAGGGGAGACUCUCCUUUUCCCCCUGGGACUUGGGACUUCUGCCACUAACUAUUCAAGGAAAGACAAUACUUACAUACAGGUUUCUAUUUCACUCAUCGUUUCAUUGACUUCCAAGGAAGUUCAUAACCCUGGAAGAUUCCUUCCUACCCUUCAUUCAUUUGUCGAGCGCUAGACUUUCUUCUCUUUCUCUAACCUGAACUCCCUAUCCCCCUCCCUUUUCGCCAACCCCUGAUCCACAAACAUGUUAGCUCUACAGCAGCAGCAACAACAACAACAACAACGAAGCAGGAGCAGUAGUGGUAGUCCUCGAAAUCUCUCCACCAGACGACAACAAGCCCAUCCCGAGGCCUUCUCCUCACGAUAUGGAGCCGGGAAAGCCAGCACACGCGUCCUGAGAACACGGUCUCGCGAACGACAAUCGAUCACCUCCCGCCGUCUACUACAACAACAACAUCGCCGGCGGGAGCCCCCUGAUAGUCCCCCAGAUGGCAGCUCCCUUACCCCAGCGACAGUCACCCUCUGCGUAGGACCCGAGAAGCGUCUCUUCGCUGCUCACCGGGACAUCAUCUGCGUCUCCCCUUAUUUCGCCGCCGUGUGCGCCCGUGCCCGUGCUGCCUCCUCCACAGAUCCGAACAGCAACACCUUCAACAAUCCCAUCUACCUCCCCGACGAACAGCCCGAGAUCCUGUCCUGCAUCCUCGAAUACCUCUACCGAGGCGACUACUUCCCGCGACUCCUGCACAACAAGACUCGAAACACCUGGCAGCUGGAGACGGCCUCAUCAACAACGGGGAGUAGCGAUGCCGAGCCCGAUGGCGCAACCAUCUUCCAUCCCGGGGUAGGCGCGGAGAUCCUGCGAGAUACAGCUGUAUACUGCGCCGCCCAAAAAUACGGCCUGGAGACCCUGAAACGCCUCGCCCUCCGCAAGCAGGGCCUGCACGCGGGCAUCUCGUGCAGCACCAUCCUGACCAGCGCCCGCUACGCCUACGCCCACACGCCGGACACCGAGUCCAAGCUGCGGGCGCACUACCUCGCCCUCAUCAUCCGGAGCCGGUCGACCUUCAAGCGCAGCGGCACCAUGCAGAUGGAGAUGGAGCAAGGCGGGAAGCUGUUCUUCGAUCUGUUCGUCGCGAUGUGUAAUCAUAUGGUGAGCCCCCCUUCCUCCAGUGUAAAACGCUCAGGGAAAUUUGGGGAGAUCUUGUUUGCGGACGCUGACUUUUUCUUCUUGUGUCUGGGAUAGGAUGAUUUGACGGGUUCGUCGGGGAAACAGCAGCAGUCUAUGGCGAGUACGAUUACGUAGUUUUUUGUCUUGUUUUUUCUUUUUCUUUUUUUU